AGGUCCAGUGCUCCAGCUGUUGUCAAGGACCACACACACGACAACGGAAACGGUGAAACACAACAUGGAACAGGCACAUUGGAAGUAUACGACGAGGACUCGUAUUGCGGAAUUGGUAGCUGCAGGCCACCUUGUGUGCAGGUAUGCAAGAACAUGACCAGCUUCUCUGCAGCGGUCAGUCUAGCCAGUCUGGUGGCGUCAGCCCUGAAUUCUUACAUUACGUCACAAAUAACAACCCUUGAGCGACACUUCAACUUUAGCAGCUCCAUCAGCGGUUUCUUGUUGUCGUGCAACGACAUUGGCUAUCUUGUGACCACACUGUUCAUGAGCUACUACACCCGACGAGUCCACGUGCCCCGAGCCAUGGCCUUGUCCACGGCAAUCUACGGCAUCUCUGGAAUCCUCUGUGCUGUCGCAUUCUUUGGUACCCGAGAUCAGCUGUCCAGCCCACCCAAGGAGAGUUUUAAUGCUCCGGUAGUAUUCUUCACCCAGAUGUGUCAGAAUGCAACAACGGCUGCAAAUUUAAGCUGCGGAGACGCUUCGACUGGGCCCAGAACGCCAUUCGGGAUCACUGAACACUGGAAGCAAAUUGCAAUUUUUAUCCUGGCCUUGGGCAUGAUUCUACAGGGCGUGGCCAAAUCUCCCAGGCAACCGUUCAUCAUUACUUACCUUGACGACAAUCUUCCCAAAACAAAGACCAGCGUAUAUUUAGGUGCCAUCGUUGGACUGUCUUUCUUUGGACCAGCACUGGCAUUCGCCCUGGGGUCAGUCUUCAGUGGAAUGUAUAUUACUUUGGAAGAAACGAACAUGACCCCAUAUGACCCUAGAUUUCUGGGUGCCUGGUGGCUGGGGUUUGUUAUCUUCGGAGCUGCAGGGAUCGUUGUUGGUCUUCCAAUGAUCUUUUUCCCGAAGCGCAUGCGCAAACGAGUGGAACUGAAGGAAGUGAAACACAAGAAAGACCCAAAUGUGAGUGGAAUUAGAAGACUUUGGAUCGAUCUCAAAG